AUGUGUCCUAAAGGAAACACACAGCUAAUUUGUGAAGGAUGGUCUAGAAUUCUAUGUGUCACACCCAGAUAUCAGUAGACUGUAUAACCUAAUACAAAAUGGACAGAGGUUUGUGUUUAGAUAUUGUUCAGACACCUGCUGUGACAGCAGAACCAACACCACUGACUCAGUGUAGAGAUAAUGGGAAUGGAAAAUUUCUUACCCACUGGUGUUAACCAUAGCUGGGCAGAGGAGGAGGUGACAUGUAAAUGUGUCAAGGCCGAAGAGUACCAGAAUACUAAAGAGAUGGAACCUCCCAGCAAUAUAAGACUACACUACACACACACUGAGAUGGUGCAUUCCCCCUCCCUGUUCCUUGGGUGGCAAAAUGCUUGAGCGAAAGUGAGAUGGACAAGGUAAGACUGAAUUUCCACAGGGGUGGGGAGGCACAAUUUCCUGGAACUAUAGCAUCAAAUAUCAAAUAUGAUAUCUGUGUGUGAGUAGAGAAGGAGAGAGAAAGGAAGCAGGGACGGUACUCUGGAAACAUCCUUUACCCUUUCCUUUAUAAACUUGCUCUAGCAGCAAAGGAUAAAUUUGAACCUGUGAAGUGAGGCUGCUUUUCAGCCUAUACAUGACUUUUACAAAAGAGGAAAGGGUGAAUUGGAGCAGAGGCUAAGCCAAAUAUUUGGUACUAUUUGAUAAGAUUUUCAUCCAGUCUAAGUAACCAGUAUGACAUACCACUCAGUCUUUUGGCAGCAUGGUUUUCAAAACUUUAUGUGACUGGUGCUUCUGUUGUAUUUCUAAAAUCUGCUCUUAAAGUUGGACUGCUCUACUUCUUUUUUUUGAAUGCAAUAAACCCAUUACUUUGACAGUACAACAGCAGGGACUUACAAUGAAUGAGUAGACACAUUUUGUGUCCUUAAAAUGUGUCUUUGGGAAAGAACCAUCUUUUCUGUCUGAUAGCCUGAGCAAUGGCUUAAAAGCAUCAUAGGUUGACUUUAUCUGUGUUGCACUUUCUAAUUCCUUCAAGGGAAGAGGAAAAUACAGUGUUUCUUCUAGGCAGAAAGGACACCUUCAAAAAGCUGAGUUCUUUAUAGUGAAAUGUACAAAUAUACAUUGGAGCCUUUUGUAAUUCAUAAACCAGACAUGUAUUUGGUAUUGGGGCAAAAUGCUAAGUAUUUUAGGAGACAGUCACCAAGUUUAAUCAUCAAUGGGGUUUGUUCUGGAAAAGGCAGAGAACUAAGUACACUUUGGAAGCGGAGAAUACAAAUCCUGUAUCUCCAAAUGCUCAGAACCCAACAGAAUCAAGCAUUAGUACUGGCCAUUGCAUAAAAGAAUAUGUACAUAAGAAGAGGCAAGAUUGAAAUCUCCUGUUCUAGAGCAAAAAAACAUUGUUUAGCUUCUUGUGGAAACAGAGAAAUUGACCCAAUGUGCAGUAAGGAGAGUGAACUUCACACAAAAAGAAAGAAGUCCUACUGCUCCUGAAAUGACUGGUGCAAACUGCUGAACCUGUAUAUUUUACAACCUAUUUUUGUUGUUGUAUUUUGUUGUUGUAUUAUUACUACAAUAUUUUUCAACCCCUAUUGAAAUAGGGAGAACUGGGGUCUGAGUUGAUGACAAAGUGCUCUCAGAUGCUUUUGUGUAGUUUGAGUCACUGUACAGCCUGUCUUUUUUAGGGGAUUUACAUCCAUACAGGAAGCCUGCAAGAGGGGGUUGCACUGUGUGGGACUGUAUAUGCUCAAUGCUCUGCUGCUUAGUGGGGCCAAGGGGGCAAGACACAAAUAGCCCACAUUGAUCAGGACUUCUCUUUCUGCCAAAGCUAUGGCUGGGGUAACCAACAAGGCUUAACUGGGAGGACACAGAUGGAAUGUAAUAGUGUGUCACAGCCUUCUUAUAAUGCCAACUUUCAGUGGGUGUGGAAAGUAGCUGAGAGGCUAGGAGUAAGGAGAACUAGGCUCUUAUAGUGGAUAUUACUCAGUAUUGAACAGAAUUGUGGUUCUUUUGUAGAUUUCAAAUAUUACACUUUCUUUUUUUUUUUUUUUAACCACCUAAUAACAGCAUUUAGGCAAAAAAAAAAAGUCCCAAAACACUUUUACCCUUCCUCCUCUUAAAUGAAACAAAAAGUCCAAUGCUUUUCUUCACACAAUGGAAAUAUAAGAUUUUUAGAACCCAAAAGGCUUUGAUUUUUUAACUAAGGGCAAAGUAUUUUCCCUUGUUCUUUUUACAAGAAAGUUACCAGGAAAUUUUGAACCUAACAGAACUAAACUGAGAAAGGAAGGGAUGAUGACAGUGAGGUAAAGGAAAUUCCUGUAAAGGAAACAGACUCAACACAGUGAACAGCUAGAACUAACCACAUUUCUUACCCCAUAGUGUAGGAUGUGCAGAAAACAAGAUGAUUCUUACAGAAAAUACCUCAGAAUACCAACCAAAAUCGGUAAAGAAAAUCAUGCUCACUUUGUGCUGGAUCCUAGCAUUGUUUAUCAAUGGGGCAGAAGUUAGAGAGAUUAACUUUUUAGGUGGUGUUGAUAUUUUAUUGUCCUGCUUUUCAGGAUGUUCCCAUGUUGAACCUCAAGUAUGGUAUCGUGCAAUUAGUGGUGAGGAAUUUGUUUUACAAUGUGCUUUACCAGAUAGAGAUGCUACCCACAUUUAUAACAGCUCACUUCCAAAACAACAGAAGGUGAAAUGGUUCUGGCAAAAAGACAAAGAGCCACUGAAGGCUGUCAAGGAAAGCUCUAAUCCUGCUCUCCAAGGGGGUGCACUUUGGUUUAAACCAGUAAGGGACAGUGAUUCCGGAAUGUUCAUCUGUAUAAUAUGGGAAAAAAUCUCGUGUCUCAAAAUUGUUUUGGAGGUUCAAACAAAAAAGGUGGCAAAAUGUUCAGGUUAUGACACAAGCACGCUCUAUCUUCUUGCUGGCAAUGGGAAUUCAAUAACUUGUCCUGGGACAAAAUGCUACAGCCAUAUAAAAAAGCCAGAUGUAAAAUGGUACAAGGAUGGUCAUCAAAUAAAGCAUAGGAAAAACAGGAAAAGCCUAAAGCUUAAGCAUAAUGAAAUCUAUUUGAAUCCAACCUAUGACAAAGAUGCUGGAAUAUAUGUGUGUGAUUAUGUUCUAUAUGACAACACUACCAAGUGGACAAUGAGAACAACAGUUACAGUAGAAGUCAUCAUACUCCUGUUAAUUGCAGCAAAAAACACUAUCCAACCACCCAACUUCUUGUAUCCCAAUGGUGUGAUGAUCCUCGAAGCAGAGCUUGGAAAGCCACUUGAAUUGGAAUGCCGCGUACAGUUUGGGUUUGAAAGAGCUUCUCUGAUGAGGGUAACAUGGAAAAGAAACAACAAAGAAAAUAUAAACGAGAAAUUGAAUCAGGAAACGCGUGUUUAUCCAGAAGGUUUAAAGGGGCACACACUUCUUCAUGUUGCAAAACUGAAAGAAGUUACUGAAAGUGACCUUGGAAGCAACUUCACGUGCUUUGCUGAGAAUUCAGUGGGGAAUGCCACAGCUAUGAUCCAGCUGAAAAGAAAGCAGAGAGUGUUUCUCUUAUACGUCCUAUGCAGUGCCAUUUCUAUUCUAUUUGCAUUACUUUUGUGCACUGCCUUUAUUUACCAACACUGGAUUGAAAUAGUGCUUAUGUACCGAAGUUAUCUGGUCCACAAUGAAACUAUGGGAGAUGGCAAAGAAUUUGAUGCAUUUGUGUCCUAUGCAAAACUGGACUCUUCUGAAAGUGACUCAACUCUAAUUAGUGAAGAAAAGUUUGCCCUGGAGCUUCUUCCAGAUAUGCUGGAAAAUAAAUAUGGAUACAAGUUAUGCAUUCUUGAAAGAGAUAUUCUUCCAGGAGGAGCAUACACAGAUGAAGUUGUUACAGCUAUUAAACAAAGUAGACGAGUAAUAAUCAUUUUGAGCCCAGCCUACGUCAGUGGGCCAAGCAUCUUUGAACUGCAGGCAGCAGUGAACUGUGCCUUGGAAGACAAAAAGAUCAAACUGGUAUUAAUAAAGUUCCAGGCUUUCCAAGAGCCAGAGACUUUGCAUCCAGUAGUGAAGAAAGCUCUUCGGAUAUUACCAGUCAUUACCUGGGAGUCUUCUGUUUCUGCUGCUCCAAAUAAGUUCUGGAAAUAUAUGCAUUACCACAUGCCAGUGAAAACUACCAAGAUGUUGGGAAAUUGGAGCUUAAAGGACUUUUUCCUAAGGUUAUUCAGCCUGGUAUAUCGAUAGCAGAAAUUUCACAGGGGGUGAUGACAGCAGGCUCAGAAAUGGUGACAUGACUGUAAAGGGCCUUUUCUGCACUAGCUGACCACUGUGGAUUAUAACUACUGUCAGCAAUAGCUCACUCCAAAACAAUGAGAAGGACUGCAGUGUGACAGUGCUGCAGCUCCACAGUAAAACUAAGUGGCACUGCACACAACUGUAAAUGUGAACUGUCUUUCAUAAAUUAUUUCUGUAUUAUUUUUAUUGUAUUUAUUAUAUUUUGCUGUGAUGUUGAGACAUACAUGUGAAUGCUUUGUUAUUUGUACUGUAUUUCUUCUGGAAUAUUUUUAUACUCAUUUUCUAGAAAAAUAUUAAAAAAGGGAACUCCAGAGAAA